AUGCUCAGAUCGAGAGAUCCAGCACCUUCAUCCGAGCCACGCGUGAAAGAAUGGUCAGAGCGCUUGGACAGUGUCGUUCAGAAGGCCCGACUCCCGCGGAGCGUACAAGCGUUGUAUCUUCGGCCACUUCGGAGGAAACCUGAAUUCGGUCUGCCAGUCUGCGAUCUUCAACUCAGGUCUUAUAGCGUUCGCAACCUGGAGUUUUUUGCUGACUUUGCUGUACGCGCUGCAUAUUACCUGAAACUUCCUGUUUCGGGGCCGGUGCCUCUGCCACGGAUCGUUGAACGCUGGACUUUCCCGCGAAGCAAUUUCGUUCACAAGAAAAGUCAGGAGAACUUCGAGCGAAUAACUGUCCGCCGGUUGAUUCAGAUCAAAGAUGGACAUCCCCAAGCUGUACAGGCAUGGCUGGCUUUUUUACGUAAACAUGCGUUUUAUGGCGUUGGUAUGAAAGCAAAUGUGUGGGAUCACGAAAGCCUUGCUACCAAUCAGACCAUAUUCUCUGGGAUCCAACCAACCGGUGUACCGCACCUUGGAAAUUAUCUGGGGGCUCUGCGUGAAUGGGUACGGCUACAGAAUGCUGCGAAGGAGGGGACAAGAUUAUUUUUCUCAAUCGUCGACUUGCAUGCGUUGACAGUCCCACAAGAUGCCUCCCAGCUACGAAAUUGGAGAAAGGAGACUUUUGCAACACUCAUCGCCGUUGGCUUAGAUCCGAAUCGCUCAACGAUAUUCUACCAGUCCGCCGUCCAGGCGCACACUGAACUGUUUUGGAUUCUGUGCACAAUAGCCUCUAUGGGGUAUCUCUCUCGAAUGACACAGUGGAAGAGCAAGCUCCAGUUGCCUGAUAAUGCAAAUUUGGAAGACUCGGCAGCGAGAUCAAGGUUGCGAUUGGGUUUGUUCUCAUACCCUGUUCUACAAGCGGCGGAUAUUCUCGUUCAUAGAGCUACUCAUGUUCCUGUGGGAGAAGAUCAAAGGCAGCACCUUGAAUUUUCGAGGAAUACUGCGAGUAGUUUUAAUCAUGUAUAUGGACCCAUUUUCCCGUCGCCGGAGGCAAUUAUAUCUCCCGCUAAACGGGUUAUGUCCCUCAAAGAACCGACUUUGAAAAUGUCGAAGUCCCAUGCCGACAGACGCUCAAGGAUUAUUCUUACAGAUUCGCGCGAAGAUAUCUUCAAGAAGAUCAAUGCUGCGCUCACGGACUCGGAAUUGACCAUAACAUAUGACCCAGUGCGUCGGCCUGGGGUGGCGAAUUUAAUAGAGAUCUUGAGUCACUUCGACGGACGAUCUUGCGAUGAGAUAGCCAUGGAAUACCGUUCGGCCAGUCUUCGCGCUUUGAAGGAACAUCUCGCCGGCACUUUGUCCGAUCACCUGGAGGGAAUAAGGGAGAAGUAUCUUUCACUUGUAGGUGAUCAGACUGACUACCUUGAUUCUAUAGCAGAACAGGGUUGUAAAGCCGCGCGUGCCAACGCUGAAUUGACAAUGGAGCAAGUCAAGGUCGCCAUAGGGUUAAUUUAG